ACGUUAGGGUGUGGCUCAGUAGCUGCAAAAGCAAUGGCUCAACACGUACACAAAGAAAGGUCUUUCGAUGCAUUCUUGUCUUCUGUUCCUCUUCUUCCUGAGUUAGUAGAGCACAUUGAUGUUGGUACUAAGUGGCUCCUCUUGGGUACACUGCUUCACGUUGAUGAUAAGAGAUUGGAUGGUAUUGAGCAGUUACAAGGACAUGAUGAUACAAGCAAGACACUAAAGAUGUUUCAACACUGGCUGACCACUACUCCUACUGCUAGUAGGAGACAAGUACUAGAAGUAUUGAGAAAGAGUGUGGUUAAACAACAUUUAGUUGCUGAUAAGUAUGAGAAAUAUUUAAGGGAGCUUCAUGACACUAUAUCUACUGAAGCAUUUUCUAUUUUUCAAAGGAAUAUUCAGUCAUUGAAUAAAGCUCUUGUCUCUUUGGUACAAGUGUCUCAACUGUUAUACUGUAAGAGAUGUAUAAGUGAAGCUACUCUGGAUGAAAUGGAGAGGAUAAAUCAGAGCAGGUCGCUAGAUGACAAGAAGACCACUCUAUUGACUGCCAUGAAAGAAACAGUGUCUAGUGACUACAGGAAACUUAAAGAUAUUGCUACAGUGCUGUCUGAUGUUGAAGAAACAAGAGAUAUAGGCAAGAAAAUUAUGUCCAAAUAUGAAGAGAAAAUUUCUCAAGAUGAUGAUAAUACAGUAGGACAACCACAGGAAGUAGUAGAUGGGAAUGAAAAUUGUGCUAGUGAUAUAUUGAGGAAUAAUUACAGUGCUCUCUCUCAGUCAAUUACUCAGCCAGUUUGCGUCGCAGAGUGGCUUCAAGAGGUUAUAUCCGAUCAGACUUUGUCUUGUGUCACAUCUUCAAGAGGUUCUGUCUCUGACAGUAGAGCAGUUCUCCUCAAAGCUGUACGAGAUGCUGUUCACUCCAAUUACAAACACCUGGAGUUGUUUGUUACUGUAUUGAGGAAGUUUUCAGAGACUGCUCAUAUUGGAGAUACUAUUUUUGAAGAAUAUAGAAAGUAUUUCAAUUGUUGUGACAAUGAUGUUAAAGAGAGUGACAUUUACUUGGCGCAACAAAAGUCUAUGUCAGCUACUUCAGAAAGUUCCUUAGUUGAUGACAAUGAAAAGGAUAAACAUGGUAAUCAUAAAAUUCUUUUCCCCCGAGAUAUGAAGAAAAAGUUUAAAGAAAUGAGAUCAAAAUUUGGAUAUACUUUUUUUCGAGUUCGGCAUAUUUUUUAUAGCAAGAAAAGUGCUUUAAAUAUUGAUGAAAUGAAGGAACUAAUAAUUGACUUGUUUCCUGAUUUGAAAUCACAACUUUCUUAUGAAGUGGCAAUUAGUGAAUUAUUAAAUGUAGUAAAAGGAAAGUGCAGUAUUGUUGACUUAUGUCCCCUCGAAAAUUUAGCUUUUCAAUUUAACAUAGAAGAGGCUGAGCCAAUCAUUGAGUCAUUCAAAGAGGAAGCUAAGGAUUUCUGCAAGUUGGUAUCAGUGAGUCUUUGCCUUGAUGAGAAACUACAAGCAGUUGCUACUCCAUCUCGCCUUUUAUGUGAAACAGUUGUAUUCGUCUUCAAUUGGAAUCCUGAUGAACAUACGCUGCAGGAUAUCAAUGAUGUUUUGGAUGAGUUAGAACCACUACAUAAGUGCCACAUACAGAUUGAUAAAGUUGGUACUGGCCGAUCAGUUGUAGUAACCUGUUACUGUCCUGCUGAAUACACUGACUUGCUCAAAAGUGCUGUGCUUGAAAAGAUAAAUAUGCUGCAAGGGAAAGGAUUAAAGGAAUUUGCAAUUGGAAACUCUACUGUUUGGGAUACUACUCAGGACUUGCUAGCACAGAACGAUGAGUUAAAAGCUAAUUUAAAAGGCAAAAAUGACACAAUAACAGCUUUUGAAAUAGAGUUGGCAACUAUCAAGGAACAAUCAGAAAACAGAUUUAAAAAAAUAGAAGCAUUAAAAAUGGACCUUAUUCAAAAUGAGGAAGUAAUAAAUAAACUGAAGAAUGAAAUUUCAAUAUUAAGAAAAGAAAUUAUGGACAGAGACAAAUCAAAAAUUAUACUUGAUCUAUUAUUAGAAGAGGCAAAGAAAGAGGUAGAAUCAGCAAAAAAACUGUCAGAGAAGAGACUACAAAAAAUUGAGGAAUUGAAACUAAAACUUGAAAGCAAUAAUGAUUCACCAGUACUGGAGUCAAGUGAAGCUUCUGAUACUGACACAUCAAUACAAGAAGAUGAAAAUGUAGAGUGGUCUGAGGAUGGUGUACGCCUUUUUAAUCCUUCACUAGAUAGCUGUGAAGAAGUAAUCAGUAAACUGGAAGAUAAACAUGAAAUAAUGGUGCUCAUUGAUUCACCAUCUGAAAUAAUUCAGUUCCUAAUACCAACUAUAUUGGAAAGAAAAGCAAUAAAACAGCUAACUAUAAUAUACUCAUCCUUAACUCCUGAGGAUAUCCUCUCAUUCUCUUCUCAACUUUCAACCAACAAAUCGUUAACAAGUCUGCAGAUUAUUCAUAGUUCAAUCAGUGAUGAUGGAGUCAUUGUAUUAGCACAAGCACUGCAAUAUAAUGAAACACUUCAAUACUUGUAUUUUAAUGAUAAUCCUGACAUCACUUCAGCCAGUGCUCAAUCGCUAGCGAAACUUUAUAAGCUCAGUUGCCUUAAUCUUGAUAAUACUAACAUUGAUCCUAAAGAAGUAAAUGGAUUUGAUGGAAUCACUCAGGACCAAUAAUAUACAAUGAGCUGAAAGAUGUUUUGCUUUUACAAUAAUUUUAGU